AAAUGGGAGCAAUUGUAUGCAAAUGAAAGCGACAGUAUAUUUUAUUCUUGAUACACAAGAUGUAAUAAUAAAUCUGCUAGGAUCUUUCGUACUGACACAAGAUGCGGAGUGCGUGAGUGAAGAAAAAACUAAUUGAAUGAGAAUUGUUAAAUAAAAGGGAACUCAACGUCAGUGGAAGGAGAAACUUUAAGAAUUAUCCAGUUUCUCUCGCUCGUCUGGACUAAAAUCAUCUGUUUGUUUUUUAAAUUUGUGUACAGAGUUUCUUAGUUUAAUUUUUUUUUAACCGUCUUACUCAUAUAUUUUUUUCAAAUAAUUAGUGUAACUAUUAAUAGAAAUAAUUUUUGUCGGAAAAAGGAAAAAUUGAAAAUAAAUAAAAAAAAAAAAAAAAAAAGGUAUAUGUGACAAACUGUAGUCAUAAAUUGAUUGAGUUGGUCUUUGUUCGUGCAGUACUCAAGUCUCUUUAUUCAAUGAACGAUCGUAUCACUCGAGUUGUUACUCACUAUCAGUAAUUAUAUUAAAUAUAUCUUACAGACGUAAAUUAAAGGAAUCGACGGCAUAAUUUCGCGCUCAGACAUUUGAAGGGAUUUCGUGAACGUGAGAGCGUGCAAUUUUACAGGAAAAUUUUUUUUUGUGAGCAGCGAAGUUGAAUGGAUUUAAGUUUCGUCCUCGGGCCCAAGGGCCUUAUAAGUCUGUUUCUAAUUAUCACAUUGGAGUUUCCGGGGGUAAUGAUGUCUUACAAUAUUGGAACUGGAAUCGCGGACGUAACUGGCCCUAUUGCGGAAAUUGUCUUUAUGGGCUAUGCUAAAAUUGAUCAAAAAGGAUCUGGACUUCACCUCCGUACUUUUGCCCGCAGUUUUAUUAUUGACGAUGGCGAAGAAAGAUUCGUUUUCGUUAGCGUUGAAAGUGCUAUGAUUGGACAUGAUGUCCGUGCGACGGUGGUCCGUAAACUUGAAGAGAAAUACGGCGACAUGUAUACUGAGAAAAAUGUGAUGAUCAGUGCAACUCACACCCACUCAGCUCCGGGUGGAUACAACCUGUACAUGCUUUUUGAUCUGACAACAUUUGGAUUCAUUAAGCAAAGUUUCGAUGCUCUUGUUAAUGGAAUUUUUGUGAGUAUUGUACGAGCUCAUGAUUCCGUAGUGCCAGGAAAGCUGUAUCUUGGCCGAGGCGAAGUAUUAGAUGCAAAUAUCAACCGUAGUCCGAUGGCAUAUUUAAACAACCCUCAGUCAGAGCGAGACAAAUACAAAUACAAUGUCGAUAAAACCAUGACCCAAUUGCAGUUUAUUGCAGCCGAUGGUCAUCCCCUGGGUGUGAUCAACUGGUUCGCAGUCCAUCCAACAAGUAUGAAUAACUCUAAUAGACUUGUUUCAAGUGAUAACGUCGGCUAUGCGGCUGUCUUGUUUGAAAAAUAUAUAAACAAAGACGUUCCCAUUGGAAAGGGUGAAUUUGUAGCAGCUUUUGCUUCAAGUAAUCUGGGAGAUGUCUCCCCUAAUACCCGCGGCCCAAAGUGUGAAUUUUCCGGCCACGAGUGCUCAUCCUCAUACACUUGUUCUGGAAAAAGUGAAAUGUGUGUUGCUUCCGGUCCAGGAAAAGACAUGUUCGAAAGUACGAGUAUCAUUGCGCACAAGCUGUUCGCCGAGUCAAUGAAUAUUUGGAACAACACGUCAAGGGUUGAGGAACUGAGAGGGCCUGUAAGGAUCGUACAUCAGUUUGUGAAAAUGCCAGGACAGAGAGCAAAAUUUUUCAAUCAUACUACCAAUCAAAUGGAGGAGGUAAAGACAUGUCUUCCAGCGAUGGGCUACAGUUUCGCGGCAGGAACGACCGAUGGCCCAGGUUCGUUUGCCUUCGAACAAGGAACCACGACUUCAAAUCCCAUGUGGAACGCCGUCCGUAAUUUCGUAGCUGCACCCACGCCCGAGGAUAUUGAGUGUCAGGGCCCGAAACCAAUACUUCUCGCAACUGGGAGGAUGCGGUUGCCGUAUCAGUGGCAGCCACAAGUUGUUUCCACUCACUUGGCGAUGAUAGGCGGGUUCGUGAUAGCUGGUGUCCCGGGUGAAUUCACCACCAUGGCUGGCAGAAGAAUGAGAGAAAACAUCGAAUCAACUGCUGAAGAGAUAACCGCUUCCCGGCCAACAGUCGUCAUCGCCGGACUCUGUAAUACAUACAGCGAUUACAUCACCACUCCUGAAGAAUAUCAGAUACAAAGAUAUGAAGGCGCCUCGACAAUUUAUGGGCCUCAUACACUUACUAUUUAUUUGCAGCAAUACAGGCAACUUAUUACCGCUGCCUUACGAGACAAAAAAAUAGAACCAGGGCCAUCUCCAAAAAAUCUGACCCUGGAAAAUUUAAUAACUUUACAAACUCCAGUAGUGUAUGACACUGCAAAAUGGGGAAAAAAUUUCGGAGAUUGUAUUAAACAACCAGAUAAAGUAGUCAGAGUUGGCGAUACUGUGUCCGCAAUAUUUAUUGCAGGACAUCCGAGAAAUAAUCUCAUGACAGGCCGCAGUUUCUUGACAAUCGAGAAAUCAAAAAAUAAUUCCUGGGUUGAAAUCGCAACUGACGCUGACUGGGAGACAAAAUUAUUCUGGGCAAGAACGUCAGUAAUAUUUGGAACAAGUCAAGUUGAAAUUUCAUGGGAAAUUCCUGCUGAUACAGAACCAGGAAAAUAUAGAAUUGGACAUUGUGGGUCAUAUCAAUAUAUAUUUGGCGGGAAAUAUCCUUAUCAAGGAUAUUCAAAUUUAUUUGAGGUUAAAUCGCAAGGGAGUAUGUAAAGUAAUUAACUCUCUACAGUUCUCCUAUUAUAAUAUACUAUUUAACCCGAUAUAUAUGUAUCGCAUAUGAAUAUUCACUGAAAUCUGAUACCCAUAAGAGACAAUAGUCGAUGAAUAAUCAUAUAUUGAUAAUAUUAAUUAUGCGCAAUUAUUUUAUUUACAUAAAAAGUCAAGAGUGAUUGAGGAUUUUAUUCAAAUUUGCAUUCUUCUGAUUCGGAGUUCCAGAGUUUGAAAAAAAAUUUCCAAAAAUGAAUUUUCCUCCGAGGGAAUUAAAUUAAUAAACAGUCACUCGCUUCCUAUUCACUUUGAAUUUACUCCGGAUCUAAUUUGCAAAUUUUUCCAGUGUAAUAAAAAAAAAAUAUUUAAUCAAAGAAGACUCGUAUUUUUUUUUCAUCAAUGGAACUUUAAUUCGAUAAUUUAUUUUUAAAAAUUGUGAUUUUUUACGAUACUGAGAUAACUGAGUCUAAUUUUUGGAUUUUUUUUUAAACGAUAAAUUAUAAAAAAAACAAUAUUUUAAAAAAUUACACAUAUACUUUUUCAAAUUUUCUACAUGUGCAUAUUUUUAUUUAUUUAUUUUUUUUAAUAGAAUUGGUGAAAAAAGAAGUCAAAAAAUUGUUAAUUGUCUGCCGACUUCAGUAUCAUGAUUUUUUAUGUAUAUAUUUGUUUACUAUUAUAAAUACUGUGUCAAUUAAUUUCUUAUGGUUGAGAAGACCAGGAUUACUAAUGUAAGUAAUCACGUAAUUCAAGGGAAGACCUUACGAAACUAAUGUCGAUCGUUAAUUUUCACAUUCGCACGGUUUCACUCACAUCAUUUAUGUGAAUAAAAAAAAAUAGAAAUAAAAACACAGAUGUUCAUUCAAUAUCACAACUAUAUACAUAUAUACAUACAUACAUUCGAAAAUAAAAAAAUUAAUUGAUAAUUUUACUACAAAAAAUAAGUAAUUAGUGAUUAGUAAUUAAAAUUCUAGAUAAUUUAUUUUAAGUAAAUUUUUUUUUUAAGUAAUUAUUUUUAUAUAAAAAUCAUUUUUAAUGUCUACUAUAUUGUAAUUAUUAUUUAUAAAAAAAAGUUUAUAUAUAUUUGACUGCAAUGAAAUUGCAAUAGAUAAAAAUUCAAAAAUUAUUACCUGAGUAAUAAUUUUAUGCUGCAGAGAAAUAUAUAAUUGUGAGGGAAAAAUAAUGUAUUUAAUUUAUCUUUAUUUUACUGCCACUAUUUUAAAAUAAAUGCCACUGUUUUCCAUCUACUGUUCAACCGCCAAGACUGCAGAAUAAAAAUAUUAUUUAAAUUUUUAUAUAUAAAUGAAAUAAUUAUUCACUCUGCAAAUAAAUGUCACAUUUUUUUUUUUUUUACAAAAAUAAAGAUUUCAAAUGUCUGGAUUUUAUUUUUUAAGAGACGAAAUUCUCGAGUAAUUUUUUUUAAUGUAAUUAAAAUAUUAAUGCUUCGAUGUAUAAAAAGUAAUUUCGUUAAUUGGUAGAAUGAAAUCCGCUGAAUAAUUAAAGAGAUCAAAGAAGUCGAGAAAAAAAAUCCUCAACAUUUAAUAUUUUAUUUUCGAUUAGCGAUUGAUCGAGUUGUAGAUUUUAAAAUCGAUUAAAUUUAUUCAAAGAAAAUUAUUUAGUUUGUGAAAAUAAUUAUUUUUUGUUUUGACGAAUUUCACGAUCUGCAGAUAUUUGAAAUUAAAGUUUCAAAACGAGAGAGAAAAAAAAGCGCAAACAUAAAAACUUUGCUUGUUAAAUGCGUAAUUAUACUUUAAAAUUAAUGUUAACAUGUAAGAUUUAAGUCAUAUAUUAAUCGCA